AUGCCGUCACCUUUUAAAUACAUUGUAGUUUUAGAUUUUGAAGCUACUUGUGAAAAUGGAACAAAGAUUGCAAAACAAGAGAUCAUUGAGUUUCCAUCAGUAAUAGUUGAGGUAGAGACAUGUAAGAUAGUAGACACCUUUAGAGAGUAUGUGAAGCCGGUGCACAACCCACGACUCUCUGCAUUUUGUACAGAACUUACCGGUAUUCAACAAGCUUGGGUAGACGAAGCACAAACAUUCAGUGUUGUCAUGGAGAAUCAUCGUCAGUGGCUGAUAAAGAAUCAACUGUUGCUGCCGAGUGGUGAGCGAUCACCCGUAAAUACUUUCACAUUCCUGACCUGUGGUGAUUGGGAUCUCAAUCAAAUGCUGCCAGUUCAAUAUAAAUUCUUGGCUGGCAGCGAUGGAAAGUGGCCAUCCUACUUUUGCGAGUGGAUCAACAUUAAGAAAUCGUUCGAACAACACUACAAAGUGCCAGCACGUGGUCCAAGAUCAUAA